AUAAAUUAUUAUGCAAACAAUUACAUUUUUUAAAGAUGAGGAUUUAAAAGAGACCUUUGAUAAUUAAACUUCAAUGUAAUUAGUUAUUCAAAAAUUAGAAUAUAGACUCUUUAACAUGCAUAAUUGGAGGUAAGUAAAAUAAAUGAAAAAUCUCCAUAAUUGAGAAAAUGUGCUGAAAUGAAUUUUGAUAUGGCUUAACAUACAAUAACUAGAUUGGCUGAUGACUUAAACUUUAUCCAUAAAUCAAUAAAUAGAAUAAAAGAAUUAAACCGACUAAUAGAUGAAUUAAAAAAAUAAUAAUGAAAAUCAAUGAUCAAUGCU